GGGGGAUGUCCUUGGCCUUCCCUCUGAGCUGGAGGCAAAUCCCCUCCCUGUCCUUCUUCCUUCCUGCCACAGGCCCCGAGCUGAGGACGGAGAGCACAGAGUACAAAUCCCCCCAGCAGAACCUGGUGGGAGAGGCCAUUUUGAACAGCUCCACAGCGCAGGAAGGCAGCGGGGAGGAAAAGGGCCGGAGAUCCCCCCGGAGGAGGGGCUCCAAAGCCAACCUGGGGUGCUCUGAGGAGGAAAGACCCAGCCUGUGCCGGGAAGGAGGCCAGAACUUGAGCCGGAGCUCCAACCUGGUGGUCCCUGAGCAGCCUCCCAGCAGGGAGAAGCCCUUCAGGUGCUUGGAAUGUGGGAAGAGCUUCAGCCAGAGCUCCCACCUCCUCACUCACCAGCAUAUCCACACUGGGGAACGGCCCUACACAUGUAGAGAAUGUGGGAAGAGCUUCAGGAACAGCUCCAACCUCCUCACCCACCAGCGUAUCCACACCGGGGAACGACCCUACACGUGUGGGGAAUGUGGGAAGAACUUCAGCCAGAGCUCCAAGCUCCGCAUCCACCAGUGCAUCCACACUGGGGAACGGCCCUACACUUGUGGGGAAUGUGGGAAGAGCUUCAGUGACAGCUCCACCCUGAUCCGACACCAGCACAUCCACACUGGGGAACGGCCCUACAUGUGUGGGGAAUGUGGGAAGAGCUUCACUGACAGCUCCAGCCUGAUCCGACACCAGCACAUCCACACUGGAGAACGGCCGUACUCGUGUAGGGAAUGUGGGAAGACCUUCAUCCGAAGCUCCGACCUCCUCACCCACCAGCGCAUUCACACCGGGGAACGGCCCUACACGUGUGGGGAAUGUGGGAAGAGCUUCAGCCGGAGUUCCAACCUCCUCCCCCACCAGCGCAUUCACACCGGGGAACGGCCCUACACGUGCUUGGAAUGUGGGAAGAGGUUUAGAACCAGCUCAGAUCUCCUUAUGCAUGAGCGGACACACACGGAUGAGAGACCCUUCCGCUGCACUGACUGUGGGAAGGGCUUCAAGCACAACUCUCACCUCGUCACCCACCGGCGCAUCCACACCGGUGAGAGGCCCUACAAGUGUGAGGAAUGUGGGAAGAGCUUCACCGACAGGUCUGACUUCAACAAACACCAACGGACCCACCGGUAAGGGAAGCCCUGCGAGUGCCCCGACUGCAGGAAGAGCUUCAGCCGCUGCUUCCACCCUGAAUGAACCCCCUGAUGGUGAGGCAACCCCUGGAGUCCAGUGACUGUCAGUCCAUCCCUUUCGACCAGAAAGGGAUAGUCUCCUUUCACAGGGGCAGGUUCUUCCAACAGAACCCUUCCUGGGGGGUGUGUGGAGAUUCCUGCCUUGGCUGGGGACCCCUCCAAGGUCAGUCCUGGAGGUUGAGAGCAGAGAUCUCCCCACGAACAUUGGUCUGGAGGAGUUGCAUCCAUCUCUCAUUAAGAAUUAUUGCUUUUGUGUCAGCUUUAGUAGAAUGGCUUCAACAAUUGCUUUAAUGUAGAGCACUGUCCUAGCUUAUCCUGUGUGGGAAAACGACUGAACUGUAGACAGCUUAAGCCUUGAAUUUGAGCGGUUACAGCUGUGAGGUUGUAAAAGAAUGUAAACAUUGAGGAUGAGUAAGCAGAAAAGGAGAAAGAACUGCAGUAAAUAACAGCUGUUAUUUAGAGAUUUACCAGCACGCGAGGGGAUGAGCUUGGAUGCGUGGACAAGAACACAUAACCAAUGAACUAUGGUAUAUUUGCACGUGGACAGAAGAAAAAACUAUGAAACUAAGCCUGCUGUAAAUAAAGUAGUGGUUGUACCUUGCCUGCUAA